CUGUACCGUUAUCAGUUGCAUGCUGAGAGUCUCUCUCUCACUGUCAUGCGCUUACGAAGAGCUUUCCGCGGCAAAGCUCGCUCUUGGAGAGAGUGCCACGCUGCUGAAAGGUCCUUGCUGCUGCCUGCUGCUGCUGUAUUGUCAAAAAUUUUCACUUAACAAUCAGUCAAGUUUAUCGUGGCGCCUUAGUUUAGUUGAAAGAAAAUUCGCGCUGCGCAACGCGUCCGGACAUCGCUGGGGCAGCCCCAGCAGCAGCAGCAGCAGAAAAAAAGUGAACACAACGAACCAGAAAUUGGAAAAGGAAUAAUUAGUGAUAAUCAAAAAAAGAAAAGUAUCCGCAUAGUCGAAAUAUCCCCAUUCGUCUCCUUCGGAUUCUGCUGUUUGAGUUUGAGCUUGGCAUUGCUUCUAUUUACCCAUGCGUCGUGUCGUUUCGUCUCCCAGUUUCCAGACCCCGGCAUAAAUAAAUAAAGACACAAAGCGGCAAACGGAAAUGGAUGUGCCUCAUUCAUAAACCAGAGCCUGGACAGGUCGGGUCGGGUGCGCUGAUCAACGAAAAGUAAAACAAAAGCCCACUAGCAACUGCAAAAACCUCGCAUAAAAAAAAGGAGCGGACGCAACCAUGCCGGAGGAGAAGGAAAUGUCCGGAAAUAAUCUGGAAAACGGACAGGCCAUGGCCACGGCUACGGCUACGGCCACGGCCAACUCAACGCCAAGCAGGUCCAAGCAACAGCGCCAGAAGACGCCCACAAGGCGGCGUCCCCAUGAUAGUGAUGUGGUCGCUGGAGGCGUUGGCAUCACCGGCGGCGGCGUGGUCAUCCUGCCGCAGCAUGUGCUCAACGAACUCUAUCACAACUACUCCAUUAAGCAGCGGCGGAGCGGCCUCAAGUGGUUCCUGUUCGCCGCCGUUCUCUUCAAUGUCUGGACCAUUUGCAUACCCUGGGAUCAGGCAAUACCCACAAGAGUUGUAAACUGUUGCAUGCUGGUGGCCUAUUUGGCCCUAACGGCCCUGAUGCACAUCGGGCGACGCUCGGAGCAGCCUUCACUGAGACGUUUCCAUCUAACAUUCCUGACGAUUAUGCCGCGGGCUCUUUGGUUCCUGUCCGUGCUCCACUUUGCCGCCUAUGUGAUGCUGCAGCCCAGCUUCUCUCCAAGGGAUGUACUGGGCUGGGCCAUCUUGCUAAACUUCCUGAUCUAUGUGACGCUGCCGCUUCCUCUGAUUUUCCUUGGUCUGGUGAUUGGCUUCUGCACGUACUUCAAUUGCCUGAGCCUCCCCGUUGGCUUCUCUCGUCCUGAUCCUCUCAUCUCGGAUCAGGCGGCGGCCAAUGCAGUUCUGAUAGCCACCGCCGCCUUGAUCGGUCUACUGUAUUACUUUAUGGGCGAGGCCAAGCAGAAGCGAGCCUUUUUGGAGGCCAAAAAGAGUCUGGAGGUGAAAAUGGUCAUCGAGGAACAGUCCGCCGAACAGGAACGUUUACUGUUGUCUGUGCUGCCCAAGCAUGUGGCUAUCAAAAUGCGCGAGGACCUGGGCUCAUCCAGUUCGGAGGCAUUCAAAAAGAUAUACAUGAGUCGACACGAGAAUGUGAGCAUACUAUAUGCGGAUAUAGUGGGCUUUACCGCCAUCUCCUCGACAUAUAGCGCUCAAGACUUGGUUAAAAUGCUUAACGAGCUCUUCGCACGCUUCGAUAGGCUCGCCGAGAAAUAUCAACAAUUGCGCAUUAAGAUUCUGGGCGAUUGCUAUUAUUGCAUUAGCGGUGCCCCCGACGAGCGACCGGAUCAUGCGGUUAUGUGUGUGCACAUGGGACUCUCUAUGGUGAAGGCCAUCAAGUAUGUGCAGCAGAAGGCCAAUUCACCUGUUGAUAUGCGUGUUGGCAUACACACGGGCGCUGUGCUGGCAGGGAUACUCGGCCAGCGGCAAUGGCAGUUUGAUGUCUACUCCAAGGACGUUGAGCUGGCUAAUAAAAUGGAAUCCAGCGGCAUGGCGGGACGCGUUCACAUUUCGGACAAAACUUUGGCCUUCCUCAACGGGGAGUUUGAGGUGGAGCCCGCCUUUGGCGAAAAGCGGGAGGAGCUAUUGCGCAUAGCCGGAUUGAAGACCUUCUUCAUAACCAAGGUGGUUAAGCCGUUUGCGUCGCCCUGUGCCAAGAAAAUCAACGAAACGCAAGCCGAAAACUCACAACUUAGCCCCAAUGGAUCCACCACCGAUGUCGUUUCCGGUGGCGGAGAGGACAACGAUGCCACGCUGGACGAUGAGGAACUGCUGGCCCAGAGUGCCACCACGAAUGGCCACCAAACAGCCGAGGCAGAGGAUGAGGAGGAACAGGUCAAGCUGGAGAACUUUAAGCAGCGCUUGAAAGACGAGCUCGUCACUCGAGAUGGGCAUGAGAACCUCACCAAGGACACCAACAUAUUCCUGCGCUUCAAGAACCCACAAUUGGAGCAAUCAUAUGCCGUGUACCGAGAGCCGUACAGCUCCCUGCCGCUGCUGGCGGCACUCCUGGUGCAGUGCAUCGACGUGCUGUACUCCUACUUGGUGCUGCCCCGCUCCACGCUGCAUUUCAUCAAUAUAGCGGCGCCACUGGUGCCCAUUGCCAUGCUGGUGGUGAUCAGCAUUGCCGAGAGCUUCAGCGGCAUGCUGCCCAAGUUCUUUGUGGACGUGAGCAAGCGCUUCAAUGACAUUACCUUCGUGCGGGAACUGGCGGCCAUAAUUAUCGCCCUCACCAUUGGCCUGAGCAAUGUCAUCGACAUGUUCUUCUUCGUCACCUUCGUGCGCACCGAGCACAUUGUGAGCGAAAGCGAAUUCAAUGCCACGGCUGGUCUGGGUCUGGGACUGGGACUGGGUCUGGAGGCCGAUGUGGAUGUGGAUGUGGCCGGCGCGGAGGCGGUCACCGCCGAGCACCUGCUGCCCGAAUCGUUUGUGGAGCAAAUGCGCGAUGCAGUACCCACAGAACGUGUCCUAUAUCCGUCCUAUUUGAGCAAUUUCGGUGUCCUAAUAUUGAUUGCGAUUGCCGUGAUUGCUCAGCUCACGCAUCUGACUAAAAUACUCCUAUUAUUGUCCAUUGCGGCUUUGCAUUGCUACUUCAACAUAUUCAUCAUGCAGGACCUGUAUGCCUUGGAGGAUGACCUGGCACAUCAGCCCAUCAUAUCCUCACGAUACUGUGCCUCUGGUCUUCUGCUGGUGGCAGCCCUAGCUCUGAGCACCUUGGCCCGACAUAUGGAUCACGAGGAUCGGGUGAUCUUCAAAUGGAAAACCGAGGUGGCGGAACAGAAAGAGACCGCCAACGAUAUGCGGCAGCGUAACGAGGCCUUGGUGUACAAUGUUUUACCCGUUCAUGUUGCUGAACAUUUCAUGAAGAAUACCAAGCGAUCGCAUGAUGAUCUCUACUCUCAGAGCUAUUCCGAGGUGGGAGUAUUAUUUGCCAGCAUGCCAAACUUUUCAGAUUUCUAUUCGGAGGAAACCGUGAAUAAUCAGGGUCUGGAGUGUCUACGUUUUCUAAAUGAAGUUAUCUCUGAUUUUGAUGCGUUAUUGGAACUGCCACAGUUCCAGGAUAUCAUCAAAAUCAAGACGAUUGGCUCGACUUAUAUGGCCGCCAGUGGCAUAAAUCUUCAGCGGAAUCUUCGCUCGGAUGCUUCCAUCACCGAACGCUGGGCCCAGUUGGCCGUGCUCGUCGAAUUCGCAUUGGAACUCACGCACACUCUGCAAGGCAUUAACGAGCAGUCCUUCAAUCACUUUGUCCUCAAGAUGGGCAUAAAUCACGGGCCCAUAACCGCUGGUGUGAUCGGUGCUAGGAAGCCGCACUAUGAUAUCUGGGGCAAUACGGUGAAUGUGGCAUCCCGCAUGGAGAGCACUGGCAAGGCCGGCGCCAUUCAGGUCACCGAGGAAACGUGCAACAUUCUCCAGAAGUUUGGCUAUACAUUUCAGCAACGUGGCCUGGUGUCUGUCAAGGGCAAGGGCCAAUUGAUGACCUACUAUUUGCAGGGCAAGUCUAAGCCUUGUGCAGAGCCUGAAGCCACUCCGGCAGCCAUUGAGCUACAUGAUACUCUGGAUUCCACCACGGAGCUGGACAUCUCGGACAUCAAGACGCCCCUGCUCAAGCUGAAGGGCCAGGAGGCGCCAGCGGCGGGGGAGAGUGAACAGAGUGGGCCGGCGCCCAGUCUUGGCAAUGGCAGUGUCGGCCAAGUGGGAGAAUCUCAAUCUUUAUUGGAAUAAUUUGCGACUUUUUUUCUUAGAUUUAUAUUUUAAUUUGCAUUUCCAUUUAGACUGUGUGCGAGUGUAUCUAUGAGUGUGUGCUUGUGUGCCUGUGUGAGUGUGGCUGAGUGUCUGUGUGGAUUAUACUGUUAUACAACUGUUAUUGCUAUACAUUUGGUUUUGCCUCCGUAUUCGUGUGAUAUUCUAUAGAAAAAACCAUUCUAAUUUAGUUAAAAUUAUAAAUUUGCUUUCAAAAAGUUUGUAAACUGUGUACCUAAGAAAACAAAACGAUAAUGUAUAACUUUUAAAUAUAUAUUUAACUAUGGCUAAGUACUUUUAA